AUGUCUGUCUUCCGAUGGCGCCACUCUCGACGGAUCUAUAUCCUAGUCACCGCUGCCGUCUUCAUAACACUAUGGCUCUUCUUCAGUCUCUCGUACUCUAUGGACCAUGAGACGACCGGCUUGAAUCUUGAGCCUGGAUUCGUAGCGUUUUCGACAGACACUCAAGGCAGAGAACCGGACGACGGCGAGGAGGAUCCCGACUACUUCAGUGAUGACCCUCGGCGACCUCGAGAUAUGCCCGCCUGGUUCCCUGACUGGAUAAUCAGCAAAACACUCCAUCCUUCAGCACUCUGGCCAGACCCCACCACCGCCCACGCCACCAAUCUCGAGAUGAACGCAAGCAACUUGCGACCACCUCGACCAGCUAUCCUCGAUGUCGCCUACACCUGGGUUAACGGAUCUGAUCCAGAGUGGCAGUACAGCAAACAUUUCUACGUGCAACAUAACCCCAAUCUGCGCCUCAUCAGCGGCAACGACAGCAAGGCCGAGAAGUUCAUGGCGAGUCGAUUCCGGGACAACAACGAACUCUUGCAUUCCGUUCGAUCGACCUACAAGUUCGGCAGGGACAUGGUUCGGAAAGUCCACAUCUUCACCGCGGAUGUGAUCGAGGAGAGUCUUUGGACGUCAUUCCAGGUACGACGAGACAACGGCGAAGGUCCUGGGCUGACUGUUGACGAGCACGCACUGGAGGAGAUAUUCAUCUACAUGAACGAUGAUAUCUACUUUAGCAUGCCCAUGGUUCAGGGAGACUACUGGACGCCACAGUACGGAAUGGUCUUUCAGGUCGCGCCCAAGUACACAGUCCGCCCUACCCCCAUUUAUGAAAAAGAAAAGGCUCCGCUGGAACGAGGAUAUAUCGACAAUCUCGAGUUUACGAACCACCAACUCUCCAAGCGGUUUGGCUACCGGUAUCGCCCACACAUAGAACACUACGUUCAUAUCGCCAGUCGAUCGAUCCUUGAAGAAGCAGAGGCGCUCUGGCCAGCGGCGUUUCUUCAGUCGGAGAAGGCUCAAUUCCGAAGCGAUUACGGUGGUCAUACCCUGCAGACGAUGUUCCUAGCUCACUACACAAUCGAACGACUCCGAGAGACUCAGUUGCGAUCCUUUUGGCGGUACCGAGUCGACUACAACGGAAACGGAGACUUCGAGUGGGAAGAGCGAUGGGCGUUGGUGGCGUUGAUCGAGGACUGGACCAGGAACGGCGAUAGAGUCAACCAACGGCGACUAAAGAGAUCCACUGGCAAGGUUGAUCGUUUCCUGGACGGCUACGAGGAGGUGCUUGACAGAACGGGAUACUGGGAACUGGAGCAAACGCCUGCUGUCCAAUACACCUACUCUGGAAUGGAGGGGUUUCCUUUCUUGAUCCUACAGGCAAACACAUCCAGCACAAUGAACUUUGAGAUGGACGGCGACAGAGUCAGGAAACAACCGCGCUUUUCUGAAGCGACAAUCCCACCCGCCGACAGGACCUGCCGUUUCGACCUCAACUUUUGUCUUGGCCCCAAGUUCAUGCAGCCGCAAGGAACCCUUUCCCAUGAUGAUGCCGAAAUUAUCUUCAAGCGAUUGGCGUUCAAGGAGUACCAUUGCGGCGACUGUCUCCUCCAAAUUGCCCUGCAAAGCGAUCGCGGGGUGUACUACUACUAUGAGAGGGUUGAGGAUGCAGAGGGUGAUGGUUGGGGCGACAUGUUAAGACAUAAUAACAGCACACGCACGAAAAAAGUCUAUAGUCAGCACAAGCGCGGCAUCCCUGCCAUCUUGCCACACGAGUCAAUUCACCCUAAGGCACGACAACGAGUUCUGCAGGAUCUCUACAGGUAUAACUAUGUCAUUGGCGAAUCGGACUCUAUCUUUAGGAUGAUGGACACUCUGCACAACACCAAGGAGCAUUUCGAGUUGAUUGAGGAGGCGAUGCGAAUGGACAAGCCGCCACAGGUCGUGUGCCUCAAUGACGACGUCAAGGAGGAAGACGAGGAUGGUUCAGAGAUGAGAGGGUUGUUGGCUGGGUUUUUGAACGAGUGGCCUUACAGCCCCACUGAACAGUCUCGUGUUGUGUCGGCAUCGAUGACGCCAGUUCCUACAACGACGCAGCUGUUGCUCUGCCCUGUCUGCAGUCAACCCUUUAAGCCAAGUAAGAACCAGAACUCUAACUUGCGCCGUCAUCUCAAGAACAUUCACAACAUGUCGCCAACGAUGCACCCCCGCAAGUGCAAAUGGGACUCGAUACCUGACGGCCGCAUCAAGGACGACAAGGACCGCAAAGAGCGCACUCGCAGGAGCAAACGCCUUUGGGCCCGCAAGACCCGUCUCCGUCGCAAGGCUGAGGAGGUAGCCUUAGGGUUGUGCAUGCUCAGUCAGGCGGACUAA